AUGUUUCAGCUUUGCAUAUCUAUCAUUCCCGCCCUCCCAUUUUUGCCCUCUAGUACCUUCAUCUGCAAGACGUACGCGGCAGACCUACUCAGUGCUAGUGUCGAGAUUACACAGGGCUUGGAUGCCGAAUGGGACUUCUGCCAGCGAACCAUAGCGUGCCCAGCUGUUCAAUCGAUCGCCGUCUCCCAUGAAGGCAUGUGGGUAGCUACCGCCUCUGAACUUGGCAUGCAGGUCUGGGAUAUGUCUACUGGCUUGUUAAUGACAACUGUUGACCAUAGUCCUACCGGCACAGCGUUGGCGUUCUCCGCCGACGGAUGUGUCCUGGGUUUCGGUGACUUCGCCGCCCCGGAUAGGUGGGGUGUCUGGCACGCACUUCAGGAUUCAGUCAUGGCUUUCUCGCUCGACAACUGUCAAGAUGUUGUACCCAGUUGCUGCGCUUUUUCGUAUGGCAUCGAUCGGAUUGCCUGUGCCUUUGAGCACACAAGUCCGAGCCUCUCGACGCUUCACAUCUGGGGCAUGGCGGCGCAGACUGCGGAGUUGGCGCUGGGAUGCGAGGGUGUUGUGCGCCAAGUCAGCUUCUCGCACUCAGAUCACAUGGUAUUCGCUGCAACGAACUUUGCCCUGUACAUCUGGAAUAGCGUAACAGGAGAGCAGCUAAAGAGCAUUGGGCGUUCUCAAGUUUCUUUUCCUCCAAACAGCUGGCACUUCUUCACAAAGGAUGACAGAUCCAUUGUACACGUUCUUGCACAGUACUCGCAGCCUUAUUCGUCAGACCAGGCUAGCUUGGGCGUGUUUAUAUCCUCCACCGAUGGUAACGGUGUCUCUGCACCAACCUCUGUUCCAUCAAGUCUUCGAGUGUCUGCAUUGGCGCACGAUGGAAAGUACCUUGCAGUACGCAUCGAAGAUACCGUGUACCCCCGGUUUUGUCAUGGCGUCCAUCUCUCUCGAUUGUCACAAAACGAUCACCCCCUUUGUGCGGUCACGGGCACGUAUUCUGAAAUUCAUCUCAUAUCGAGCUCUGGUAUCACUAUCUUCGACCUUUCCAAGGCCAACUACGAGCUUAUCGGCCGGAGAAACUCGGGUGGUCAGACGAGGUCCGAUCAUGUCCUAUUAGAGUCUUGGAAAGGGAAGGAGUCGUAUGUGCUUGGCGAACAUGUCACAAUGAGCGUUGGUGGGCGAGACACGACGAUGUCGCGCAUCCGGUUCAUCGAUACGCACAAGGCGCAGCACACCAUCUGGACGGAAAGGGUUGACGAUGAUCACCGCGACAAGGUCUUGUUUGCUCCGAAUUCGCAGGCAAUCGCUUAUCGCUGCAGCUCAAGCAGCCCUAUUAACAUCAUGGACGUUCAUACUGGAAUAUCGCAUCUUGUCGAAAUGCAGGAUUGCGGAAACAGUAUCGUCGCGUGGGCGUUUUCUCCUGGUGCAUCAUUUCUCGCAGUUGCCUUCCGGACAGAGAUCAUUCAGCGAUUCAGAUUUUGCGUAUGGCAUGCUGCCACGGCAGGUUUUGUCGGAGAAAAGGUGAUAGAAGGACUUGGCCAGUCGUCAAUAGUGUUUUCUCCCAACGAAGCCCUGAUAGUGGUCGUGUCCCACAAUCGGACCAAAGUCGAAGUGUUCUCGCUCUCAGAGCCAACGGGUGGCCUACACUGCUUUCGAACCUAUGAUGCUCCCCAGUACUCUUGGCUUUUUUCUCCUGCCUUCGCGGAUGCUUCCACCUUCAUUUAUGUGUGUGUCCUUCGCCAAGGCACCUGUGCUGUCCCUGUAGCACUUUACGUCCAGAGCAUUGCCGAACAUGGGACGGCAUAUGCAUCUCCUAUCGGUUCGUACAACGUCGGCGAGGGUCACCUGUCAAAUGGCAAUCUCAUUCUCGGGGUAUUUGCAUCGCCCAACUUGGAGCGCAUAGUAACUCGAGGAUCGGUAAACACUCAGAUACUCGAGUACUCUAAGGCGAGAGCAAGCAAGCUGAUUGCACGAAAUACCUCGUCGACGAGCAAGUGUAGUCUUGAUACCGUUACCUGGUCAAACGUCCACUUCACGAGCGACGGUUGGCUGCAUGUCGGCGAAUCUCGGGUUUGUUGGAUACCGGUUCGGUACCGACCGAAGCAAAGACGUGCCGAUGGUUCUUCAGCACAGCAGCACCAGGAUCCAGGCUCUAGCUCUGAUGAGAUCCUACCAGAGAACGCGGCACAAGGGUUUAGGGCGCUGGGGAACGGCGUAGUGCUUAUGUGCGGAAACAAACAUGUGGUCUUACGUUUCCACAAGGCGAAGGUGGAGUCCUUCGAAUAA